GUGAAGUGAGUUGUGCAGCGUGGAAAACGACGAACGAGACGGGCAUGUUUUAAUUGAAAUUAAACAAGAAAAUCUGAAGAAAGGGCCAUUUUUGGGCAAUUGUUCAUUAAAAGUAAUGAAUAAAGUAAUAAAUGUAUAACACUGAGACAGCUGAAAUCCGAAGAACGCGUGCCAAGCUUAGGUCACUUUCUCUCUGAGAAACCCUCUGCGACUCUCCUCUCUCGCUUCCAGUGAGAAAUCUGUGCUAAUCGAUCACUUUUGCACGAUCGUCUGGCGUUUUACUCAGUUUCCAAUUCGACUUUUGACGACGCUGGUCGCUCAGUUUCGCUCUCUUAACAAACAAAAAUAGUCACAAGCAAAGAUUUCAAGUUUGCCAAGAAGGUCUCCUUCAAAAUUAAUAAAAAAAAGUGCGGGACCGAAGUGUGUGUGCUAUUGAUUAACAUUUUAAUAUAUUUAAAUUGAUUUUCCUAUGUGUACAACGUAACGUGUUCGUGUGGCGCCCCAAUUGAAUUGCUCUUAUUGCAUUAAUUAUCAUAGUGUUAAGUCGGAUAUAUACAUAUAUCUGUAAAUAUAUGCAACCCAUUGCCCAAGUUUUUGGAUGUAACUGUGUCUGAGUCAUUGUACAGUUAGGAGUCGGAGCUGGAGAAGUUGAGGCACAACUUCUGAUACCGGAUUACGAAUUUAAAUUGUCUUCAUCGUUCUGCGCAAAUCACUACUUGAACACCCCACGGACGAUGUGUACCGACCCACGCACUACGGCGGGUACGUGAACAGAGGCUACGAUGAUAUAGAUAGUUCCUACUACUUUGCCCAAUUCGAGGCGAUGGCAGAGGUUCGUGGCGGGGGAGCAGCCCUUCCGCCCUACGCAUCUACCGACUCGGACGUCGAGCACGGCAGCGGUGAAGCGGAUGCCUCGGCGGAGGACUCCAACAAUGAGGGUGAAGAGGUGUUCCGGGACUGCACGGAUGACGCUGUGGACGAGCAGCAAAACCGCUGCUUGCCCGAGUUUCAGUUCUCACUGGUCGACUCUGAGUACGAUGAGACUCUGGCAUUUCCAGACUCGGUGACCAUCUUGUCCAACGUGGGCGACAAGCCGGUGCUGGUGGAACGCAAGGAGACGGACGAUGACGAGGAGGAGUUCGACGACGAGGAGAACAGCAGUGUAGUGCUGCGCCACGAGAUACCAUUCACCAGUAUCUACGGCCCGAGCGUCAAGUUUAACUCCUUCCAGCGCAAGGUCUUCAUUCCGGGCCGGGAAAUCCACGUCCGCAUUGUCGAUACUGAACGCAGCGUCACAACACAUCUGCUUAAUCCUAAUCUGUACACCAUCGAGCUGACCCACGGUCCCUUCAAGUGGACGAUCAAGCGACGCUACAAGCACUUCAACUCGUUGCACCAGCAACUCAGCUUUUUCCGCACCUCGCUCAACAUUCCCUUUCCCAGUCGAAGUCACAAAGAGAAGCGUACGACGCUGAAAGCUACUGCCAGCCAGAUGGCCGACGAGUCAACCCUUAAGGAUCUGUCUGCCCACACCAAGGUCAAGCAGACCAGCACUCCCUUGGGUGGUGAAGGCCACAGCAGCAAAAACGCCAAUAGUAACGGUCACAAUGCAAUGGCUAUUAUCAGUCCCAGUCACAGUUCGAUCCUGGCGGGAUUUACACCCCGACGUAUUCAAAAGAAGCGGAAGAAAAAGAAAAAACGGAAGCUACCGCGAUUUCCCAAUCGCCCUGAGAGUCUGGUCACCGUGGAGAAUCUGACCGUCAGGAUCAAGCAGCUGGAGGAUUACCUAUAUAACUUGCUAAACAUCAGUCUAUACCGAUCUCACCACGAAACGCUUAACUUCGCUGAGGUGUCUAACGUGUCGUUUGUGCCGGGCUUGGGUAUCAAGGGAAAGGAAGGCGUGAUCCUAAAGCGGACAGGAUCAACGAGACCCGGACAAGCGGGAUGCAACUUUUUCGGCUGCUUCCAGAAGAACUGCUGUGUGCGCUGCAACUACUUCUGCUCCGACGUGGUCUGCGGCACGUGGCGCAGCCGCUGGUUCUUCGUAAAGGAGACCUGUUUCGGCUACAUUCGCCCGACGGACGGUAGCAUUCGAGCGGUGAUCCUUUUCGAUCAGGGCUUCGAUGUCUCCACUGGGAUCUACCAAACCGGCAUGCGCAAGGGUCUGCAGGUGCUGACAAACAACCGGCACAUUGUGCUCAAGUGCUGGACACGGCGCAAGUGCAAGGAGUGGAUGCAGUACCUCAAGAACACGGCCAACUCGUAUGCUCGCGAUUUCACACUGCCCAAUCCGCACAUGUCCUUCGCCCCAAUGCGUGCCAACAUGCAUGCCACGUGGUACGUGGAUGGAGCCCAGUACAUGUCAGCCGUGGCCGACGGCUUGGAGGCCGCCCUCGAGGAGAUCUACAUCGCUGACUGGUGGCUCAGCCCCGAGAUUUACAUGAAGCGACCCGCCCUAGACGGCGACUACUGGCGCCUGGACAAGAUUCUGCUGCGCAAGGCCGAGCAAGGAGUGCGUGUGUUCGUGCUGCUCUACAAGGAGGUCGAAAUGGCAUUGGGCAUUAACAGCUACUACAGCAAGUCCACGCUGGCCAAGCACGAGAAUAUCAAGGUGAUGCGACAUCCGGACCAUGCCAGAGGCGGUAUUUUGCUGUGGGCUCAUCAUGAAAAGAUCGUUGUAAUCGAUCAGAGCUAUGCCUUCAUGGGAGGCAUUGACUUGUGCUACGGUCGCUGGGACGAUCACCGUCACCGCCUCACGGAUCUGGGCAGCAUAUCCACGGCCUCCUUUUCCGGCAGCACACGUCGGACGCCCAGCUUGUAUUUCAGCAAGGACGACACGGACUCGGCCUUCGGAUCGCGUAAGUCCUCGCGGAAUGCUCACUACGAGACAUCGGCCAAAGAGAGGUCAUCGACUCCACCUCCGGAUGAACCCAGUACCAGCGUAGAGUUGAGGACCCUGAAGCCUGGUGAUCGCCUGCUAAUACCCUCUAUGUUGGUUCCUAGUCAGGGAGAAACGCCCGGGGAAUCGAACAUUGCUCUGGAGGGAAUGAAGCUCAACACCCCAGAACUGGAACGCAAGAACGUACUUGAUCGCCUGAAAAACAACGCGAUGAAGGGUGCACGUAUGGGCAAGGACUUUAUGCAACGUCUCACAACCACGGAGACGGCGGAGGAGAAGACCGACGAGGUUUACACCAUCGAGUCCCAGGACGUCACGGACCCCGAGAUUAACCAGAACAGUGCCUCUGGCGGACAGGAAGCGACUGCUAUUGCCGGCAGCACGCAAAUACUCACCGAGUUCUGUGGCCAAGCCAAAUACUGGUUCGGCAAGGACUACUCCAACUUCAUACUCAAGGACUGGAUGAACCUCAACUCGCCAUUCGUGGAUAUCAUCGAUCGGACGACCACGCCGCGGAUGCCAUGGCACGACGUCGGUCUGUGUGUGGUGGGAGCUUCUGCCAGGGACGUGGCCCGCCACUUCAUCCAGCGCUGGAACGCCAUGAAGUUGGAGAAACUGCGAGAUAACACACGAUUUCCCUAUCUAAUUCCAAAGAGCUAUCAUCAAGUGAGGCUUAACCCCCACCUGCAGCAGGGCCGCCAACAGCGGGUCACUUGCCAGCUCCUGCGCAGCGUCUCCGCUUGGAGUUGUGGCUUUAUCGAGGCGGAUCUGGUAGAGCAAAGCAUCCAUGACGCCUACAUCCAGACGAUCACCAAGGCGCAGCACUACGUGUACAUUGAGAACCAGUUUUUCAUUACCAUGCAACUGGGCAUGGGCGUUCCGGGUCCGCACAACAACGUCCGCAAUCAAAUUGGGGAGACUCUCUUUAAGAGGAUAGUGCGGGCGCACAAGGAAAAAAAGCCCUUCCGUGUUUAUGUGAUAAUGCCACUUCUGCCGGGUUUUGAGGGCGACGUGGGUGGCAGUACUGGAAUUGCUGUCAGGGCCAUCACACACUGGAACUACGCAUCCAUUUCCAGGGGGCGCACUGCAAUUUUGAAUCGCCUGCAAGAGGCGGGUAUUGCUGAUCCGCAGAACUACAUCUCAUUCCACAGCCUGCGAAAUCAUUCCUUCUUGAAUAACACGCCUAUCACCGAGCUGAUUUAUGUGCACUCGAAGCUCCUGAUUGCCGAUGAUCGCGUGGUGAUAUGUGGCUCGGCGAACAUAAACGAUCGUUCGAUGAUCGGGAAGCGGGACUCUGAGAUAGCGGCCAUCAUCAUGGACGAGGAGUUCGAGGAUGGCCGGAUGAACGGGAAGAAGUAUCCGAGCGGAGUGUUUGCCGGACGUCUGCGAAAAUAUCUGUUCAAAGAACACUUGGGCCUGCUGGAGGGCGAGGGUUCCGGUCGCUCUGAUCUGGACAUCAGUGAUCCUAUCUGCGACAAGUUCUGGCACGGCACUUGGCGUAGGAUUUCGACACGGAACACAGAGAUUUACGACGAGGUGUUUAAGUGCAUUCCCACGGACUUUGUGAAGACCUUUGCCAGCCUGCGCAAGUACCAGGAGGAGCCGCCGCUUGCCAAAACGGAUCCCGAACUGGCCGCCAACCGAGCUAACGAAAUUCAGGGUUACCUCGUCAACCUGCCAUUGGAGUUCCUCAACAAGGAGGUGCUCACGCCGCCCGGAACCAGUAAAGAGGGCCUCAUUCCUACCUCUGUAUGGACAUAGUCUGCCAAAAGUCUCCAAGAGGCAACUAGAUUUUAGGACCCUAUGGAACCCCUCUUACCGUUUACCACCCCACCAAAAGCGCCUAACACAAGCGCUUAUCAUUGCCAAGUCAUACCCUUUCUUAAUUGUAUAUACAUAAAUACCCGUAGAUAACUCUAGAUACUACCAACUACUUGUAGUUAUGCCUUACCAAUAGUUAAUUUAUUUUACGCUGUUUGUCUAUGUCCUUGUUGUUAUUCUUUUUUAUGAUGUUUAAACAGUAUUUUAGACCGAUUUACACAAGUUUAUUAAAGUGAUAUGAAGUGCAAAUGAAGAAA